AUGACUCCAGCGCUUCCCCUCCACUCCGCCCACCGCGCCCACCUCGCCGCUCCAGUGGCUCAGACCGCCCGGUGCUUCACGUGGAAAACCGGCACCCCGUCCAUGCCGGUGCCCUGUGCCGAUCCGAAGGAUGAGGAGGAGGCGGAGGAGACAUGCACAUGGUUUCUCAAGGCGCUGGACGUGAAAUUUGCCGAGCAGGAGGCUGUGAUCCGGCAAUUGCUGGAGAAUGGGCCAUUCAGGUUCACUUCGGAGGCGUACAGGGCCUCCAUGAUGAGCAUGCCAGCGGAGGCGCUCGACGCUGGCGGUGUUCGUGGCUCCAUUAUGAGCAUGCAGAGCAUGGGGAUGCGCGGAUCAAUUGCGAUGCGAGGCUCUGUCGUGAACGAUGCGGCUGCCACGAUGAGGGGCUCCCAUUUGGACGAGCAAGAUGGCCCAUUCCAAGUGGAGGUGAUUGAGGAGGAGCCCGAGAUCCUGCACGUCUUCUCCCAGGACGACUUCACCGGCGUCGGCUCCGUAUGCAGCGAUCCGCCUCGACCGAAGAGUCCGCGGAAGUCGCGGAUGCUGGGCACGCAAGUGCUCAGUGAAAGGUGGGAGCCGGACCCUCCGAUGAAGUCCUUUGUGAAGGGGCCAUUGGACGGAUACAUGGGCCUGGUCGUCAUCAUCAACCUGAGUUUUAUGAUCGUGAUGACCCAGUGGAUGGGCUCGCAAGCCAAUGAGAGCCUGGAUCUUCCCAGCGAGAACCUGCCUUUCUCUGAAGCGACCUUCGAAAUCGCGGAGUACAUUUUCUUUGGCUUUUACCUCUUGGAUGUCCUGGUGCGAAUCUACGUCCUUCGAAGAGAAUGGGUCUUUGAUCCCCGGCUGGGGAUCAUGUAUUUGAAUCUUUUCGAUGCAUUUCUGGUGGGUCUCAACGUCUUUGAGCUCUUCCUCUUCCCUCUAUUCUUGGUUGGCACUAGCCAGGACCAACAGUCGAACAGCUUGCGGGUGGUGAAGCUCAUGCGGAUCGUGCGAACGCUACGGAUCGUGAAGACCCUCACGAUGUUUCGCCAGCUGAGAUUGUUGGUGGGGACUUGCGUUGCCAGCAUCGGCGCCCUGUUUUGGUCCAUGGUCCUCUUGCUGGUCUUGAAGUUAGGCUUUGCGUUGAUCAUUUGCCAGGCACUUCAAGGCUUCAUCAUGGACCCUGCUGCCGAUCGGGAUGCUCGAUUAGAGAUGAACAACUUAUACGGAAGCUUUCUCAAAGCGCUCUACACCAUGUUUGAAGUGACCCACAGCGGAAGCUGGCCGGCCGUGGUGAGACCGGUCAUCGAAAAGGUGAGCCCUUGGUACGCAGCCUUCUUCCUGACGUACCUCACGCUGGUGGUUUUUGCAGUCAUUCGAGUGGUUACUGCACUGUUCAUCAAAGAAACUCUUGCAAGUGCUGCGAACGAUGCGGACAUGGUCAUGGAGGAUGCCCGGCGCGCGGCGGCGGAGACCAACCUGAAGCUGGAGGAACUCUUCCUGGAAGCUGUGAACAUCAUUGAUUGA